CUGAGCGAAACCAGCGUGUGAAACCCGAAAAUUGUGUCUCGGUGCCUCAUGAAAGCUGAUUCUACACUUUAAUCCGACUGGGCUCUUACUCUGGGAGUCCAGUGUAAACACAAACCUCUGAGCUCAGAGUGUUUUUAUUGUCGAGCCACCGUUUAACAUUGUUAGAGGAGUUUGCAGCAUCUGCUAACAGCAGCUAGGCUAGCUCAGCGAGCUAACCGGCAGACCGUGUUUACGGUCAUCGUUAGCUGACCGGCUAUGAAAGAGCUUUGAAGGUGGUCCGUUAAUGAUUAGUGAAAACAGAUGAUUGCGCAGUGAAGUGAGGCCACGGACGCCUCAAGUAUACGACAGGAAAGAAAACAAACCUUUGCAUCAAGCUAUCGUUAACGGUUAGGUUUUAGCUAACAGUAGCUAGCAUUAGGUAGCUUAACCCAGGUGCUUCAACGGUCACUUCGAGUUGCUCUGGGACAAGAGAUGGCCAGUAACGGAGAAAACACACCGGGACAAGUGUCCGGUUCACGUCGCCACAAGUCCGAGUCAGAGUCCGAUGGUGACCCGACUGUCAAAAGCUUAGCACGGCUGUGCAGCAGGGAUGUAGAGGAGCGAGCAGCGGCUCUGGAGGAGCUCAGCCAAGGGGUCCUGCUGUGUUUAGAGCUGAACCGGCCCGGUUCGGCACGGCUCAGUAAACAAACACUCCUUCAGCUGCUUCGGCUGUCCCGGUCAUGUCCGCUGCAGGAGGUACGAGAGAGAGCAACCGAGCUGCUGCGAACCGCACAGGAACAAGGAGUUGAAGUUCCUCGGGCUCUGGCAUCAGGACCAAGUGCCUUUAUUCCUGCAAAAGAGAUGUUGAAAGAUCCUGGGCCAGACCAGGACAUCCUUAUCGAAUCUUUCCUGUCACUGGGUCGCGUGGACCACAUCACCAUGGUGAUGGCACUGCACCCAGCCUACCUAAGCUGCUUCCUGAGGACCCAGCAUGCUUUGUUGGAGAUGGAUGGCCCCUUGCCCUGUCACUGGAGACAUUACAUUGCUGUUAUGGCUGCAGCCCGACACCAUUGCUCGUACCUGGUCCAGCAGCACAGCGCCGGCUUCCUGGAGGCUGGAGGGGAGGAGAGCUGGUUGAGCGGCCUUGAGCAUGCUCCCACCAAACUCCGCAGCCUGCAAACACUCAACAAGCUGCUGGCACACAGACCCUGGCUCAUCACACAGCAGCACAUCCAGGAGCUGGUGUGUCCCGGAGCUGAGGCUCGCUGGUCAUUGGCUGAACUCAUACACGUUGUGGUCCUGAUGGCACAAGCUCAUUCGCUCUGCUCUUUUGUGUGGGGCUGCGGCCUAAACCCCGAACCCGACCACAUUGGAGGCUAUACUUACCAACUUCCAUCACCCAGUCACAUUCCUCGGAGCCCUCAUAGCCCCCACAGCCCUGCUCAUGAGGACGGAAGGCAAGAGUUGGUUGAUGGAGCGAUGGAGGUGGAGGUGUUGAUGCAGAGGAUGGUGGAGCUGCAGCAGCAGGAGGAGGAGUGCACACAGGAGGAGAUGGUCACUCGCUUCGAGAGGGAGAGGAGCGAGAGCAUACCGACUGCGGUGGUGCGCGGAGCACCACCUGACCUGGUGCUGCGUUUGGUGCAGGAUCCAGAGUUCAGAUACGAGGACUUUGCCCCCAAAGGAGAACAGGCACCACCCACCAUGAGAGCCCAGGACUAUUCGUGGGAGGACCACGGCUUCUCUCUGCUCAACAGACUACUGCCAGACAUGGGACAGCUCCUAGAUGAAAAAUUCCAGGUUGUGAGCAACUUGACCUACCACAGGAUGGCCAUGCAUGAAGGUGUGGACACUCACACUCUGAGAAAAGCUCUGUGGAACUACAUCCACUGUCUGUACGGGAUACGCUACGACGAUUACGACUACGGCAGUGUGAAUGUGUUGUUGGAGCGCUCCCUGAAGGUUUUUGUUAAAACCAUGGCCUGCCACCCCGAGCAGACCACGGCACGCGUUUACCACGCCUUCUGGAGACACUUCAGACACUCCGAAAAGGUUCAUGCAAACCUUAUAGUGAUGGAAGCCCGGCUACAAGCAGCCCUUCUCUAUACCUUACGAGCCAUCACACACUACAUGAGAUGACACGCUCACUCACACACAUUCUUGCAGAUGCUGAGCCAGCUGUGACGUUCCACAGCCCAAACACAACAUGGAAAGACAAUCUUACACACACACACACACACACACACACACACACACACACACAAAUACAAAUACUACAGUGAAUGUUUCUUUAUGCAGAUCUUGUGUUUCAGUGUUAAUGUUUUGAUGCUGCUUUGCUACUGGGAUAUUCAAUAUUUAAAAUUUGUUACUUAUUUUGCACUGAAAUUUUAGGUUUUUUUUCCCGCACUUGAGCGCCAAGUGUUGUUGUGAAUAUCUUGCACAUGUUUCUGUCACACCUAGACAUAUCGACAUGCUUACAUGCCAGCUAUGCAGGUGCAAUCAGGUCUGGUAGAAAUCAUUAUCAUCAUGGUUCAACUGUUUGACAUGUCUGUUUGAGCUACUAAUCCAUCACCUACAAACAGCUGCUGUUCACCAAACCAUGACUACUAAUGUCUCUGUCCUCUCUGUCUGCAGCACACGGAGGCUGAGAUCAAAACACAAAUAACUUGU